ACUAAAGUGUCUGCUGAGUUGACCACAGUCCUCUGAAGAGGAGGACAUGUCUCUUCUAGCUAAUACUAAAUCCACUCCUAACGACAACAACAAGAUAGAAGAAUACUGCGUAGAGGAAGAGUGAUCAUCAUCGUUAUGACCUAAAGUAACGUGGACUGACAUCAUUCAUCUCCGCUGACUUUUAAUCACGUAACGUCAUUGACAUUAACCAUUAAUGUUCAACGCCUCUUACGGUCUGCAUCUGGACCCUCUGGUUCUCAGGCUCUCAGUGCCUUGCAACCUGGCCAUCAGUCGUCUGGAUUAUCGCUUGCAGUGGAGGGACAGGAGGGAAACCCAGCAGGCAGAGAGACGGUAGGAGAGGCCGGACUUAGAAUGCCUCUGUUCUUCAGAAAGAGAAAACCCAGCGAGGACUCCCAGAAAAGACUGGAAUAUCAGCUGUGCAGGUCGAAAGAGGCCGGUGCUGAUGACGUCCUGGACAUCUCAGCCUGUGAGCUCUCAGAGGUUCCCUCAAGUGCCUUUUCCAUUUGCAAGGUUCUGCAGAAGAAGGUCCUCAUCCUCCAUACCAAUGAGCUGAGGUCGUUGCUGCCCAAAGGAUGUGACAUCAGCACCCUUGCCGCUUUAAAGGUUUUGGAUCUGCAUGAGAACAAGCUCACUUCACUCCCAGAAGACAUUGGGAAGCUGGCAUCACUGCAGAUUCUGACUGUGGAGAAGAACCACCUGAAGGCCCUGCCGGACUCCAUCGGGGAUUUGCGGCUUCUGCAGACACUCAAUUUGAAGGGUAACAGUCUGAGUGCGCUGCCGUCCUCCUUUGGUUCUCUGAGCAGCCUUCGCACUCUGGACCUGAGCGACAACCUCAUCGUCCAGCUUCCCAAAGCUCUGGUCCACAUCCGCACCCUAGAGAGCUUUACCCUUGAUGCUGCUACGAUGUCCUAUCCGCCUGCGGCCGUGUGCACUAAGGGCACCGAGAGCAUCCAGCGCUUCCUAUGCUCUGAGCUGGGAGAGGAGUACUUCCCGCCAUCCCAGUACCUCCUGCCGGUGCUGGAGAACGAGUGUGGCAAACAGAGCUCUGACUGUUUUGAUGGCUUGGAGGAGGCUUGGCAGAAUAAAUUCAGUGACUAUGAGAAGAGAAAGGAGCAGAAGCAGCAGGAAAAGCUGGCCUUUGAGUGGCACCUUGAGGAGAAGAAGAAAGAGCACACCCAGCUCAUACUCAUGAACACGUCCCGCAAGGAGAACAUCCUCCACUCAGUCCGACAGGAGCAGGAGCGUCUGGAGCUGGGCGUCUGCCAACAACAGAGAGCUCAGGAGGCAGAGAGGCUGCUGGUGCUGGAGAAAGUCAGACAGGCUGAAGGCGGCAUUAGUAGUCGCAUCAGCAACAUGCUGAUGGACAAGAACAGGCAGAAAAAAAGUGCAGAGUUUCUUCAAUCCAUGGAGGAGGAUCGGAUUCGUUUGGAGCAUCUGACUGCCAUCACACAAGAAGAAGCCAAUUCACUGAGGAAGAAGGAGGUGGCCAUGGCCAUGCAGAAGAUGCUGUCGGACGGCUGUGCUAUGAACCUCCUCCAGGAGGCCAAUGACUUCCGCAGACGGAGCAUGGCCACUGAGGCCCAUAGAAGUAUGGAGAACAUGGACAGGAAGUUUGAUAAGAUGCUGUCCCUCCAAGUGUUGGACAAAUCUAAAGCCGUUGCACACAUCCUACAGGAGGAGGAGAUCCAGAAAGCAGCGUUCCAGGCCCUGCAGCUGCAGAAAGACGCUGUGCACGGCUACAUCCGCAACCAGAUCAAACUCAUAGAGGGUGAAUUAAUGCAGCUGACUAGAUUGGAGAUUAAAAGACGCAAUCUGGAUGCUGAGAACCUGCAGGAGGUUCUGGUGGAGCAGCGAACGUCUCUCAGUGAUUUGUUGCAGCAGCUGCUGAAGCAGAGAGACCAGAGGGAGCAGGAGCUGCGGCAGGUUCUGGUGGAGAUGGAGCGGAAAUCUGAGUCCAACCAGCAGAACUACUGGAUGAUCCAGUACCAGAGACUGUUAGACGCAAAGCCUCUCUCGCUGCGCAUGCAGGAAGCAGGCGUGGAGAAAGAGUUGAUCAACCUGAUAUGCAAAUUGUCAGCUCAGCACUACCUGCCAAUCCUGGCUCAUCACCGAGUGACGACUGAGGCUCUUCGUCACAUGACCUCCUCUGACCUCAAGAAGAUUGGCAUUAAUGAAAUUGGAAUCCAAAAUGCUCUUCUGAACUGGGCUCUUGAACGCUACCCUGAAGGAGCCUGUAAGGCCGCCCAGCGGGAUGAGGAGGCAGAGGUCACUUCCACUGCUCUGUCCCCUUGCUCCCCUCAGUCGCUUCCCAGCACCUCCACCUUCCAGAUGCCCAGCCCACCCCUCACCCCAGGGACCCCCAUCACCCCCUCAGCCCCCAGCCCUGUGGAGGGACCGGGGUGCUCGGAGUGCGUGGUCUGCAUGGAGACCGGGUCUCAGGUCAUCUUCCUGCCCUGCGGUCAUGUAUGCUGUUGUCAGAUCUGCAGCGACGCUCUGCAGAACUGCCCUCUGUGUCGUAGCAGCAUAGGCCAGCAAAUACGCCUCUACCGCGGCUAGGGACCAGUGCACUGUGCUGCAUGGCCCGUUAUUUAUGCAUGAUCACAAGGUGGCUGUGAGGAGGCUUUUGGCAGGUUUCAAAAGAGCUGAGUCACUUUCCUGUAUUAACCAAACAGUACGUUGUGAUUUAUAUGCCUACACAGAUCUGAAUAGAUUUGCUUUCACUUGUGUUGUGUUUUUUGUUUGUCAGUGGUUUCCAAGCCUGUUUUUAUUUUCUUGUUUUAAACUCAGUAUAUGUCAAUGUUGGCAUUACUUAUUAAGAGCAAAGCGGACUACGCCACUCGCUCUUUGGAUCUUUGUGCUCUUUGCCUUAUAGUGGGUCCUAAAUUGAUGUGUGCCUUUUCCUGGGAACCUCUUUUUUUUAUACAACAUUUGUCUGUAUAGUCAGCCAAAGUAAUAUUGGUCCAACACUCAUGUUAACAAAGCAGGUACUUACGGUACUGAUUCUAAGUUACUGACGCAACGUCAUCUGGUUGCUCCUCCAUUCGAGCACAUCGGUCCCUCUAAUCAAGCCUCCACCCUGCUGACUGGAAUCCAAGACAAUUUGAGGUUGGAACUUGGAAUAUGAGCCGCUGUAAACACCCCAGUUCCUCCUCCUCCUCCUCGCUGUAAUGUGUUGUUGUAUUCUGGAACACACAGAAAUGUGUACAUGAGCACUAUGUAAGAGCAAUCGCAGUAAAAAUAGUAUGGUUACAAUUAUUAGUCCUACUCACAUUCAGUUGUGUAAUGUUUUACAUGCGUCAUCACAGAGAGGAGCAUGAAGUUUAUAAAACAACUCAUUUAAGGCACUAUGGAGCAGUUUAGUGUGAAACGCAGGAACUAGUGAUUUUGGUGCUUGCUAUAAAUCAGGGUGUCUCAGCCUCUGAUGCGUUAAUAUCGAACGUUCUUUUCUUAAAUGUCUUUCGCGUUAUUCCCAUCGCUUUAUGAAAGUAAAUGUGACUGAACGGUGCUGGACUGGUGGACUCACCUUCUCAAAUCAAUUUGGACACAAGAGCGGAUAAUAAAAUAGGUCCAACCAUGUGUCCUAAUUGGGCUUAAGCUGAGCACAUACUCCUAUAUCUCCAAACAAGGUCUGGACUCUUAGGGGUCAGUUAGGGGUCAGCCAGCCUGUCUUGCAUGUCUCUGAUCUACUGAUCCAUUUAUUAUUUGAAACCCUGUAUGUGAUGCAUAUGUAUGAACUAACAUCAACCCACCUGUUUGUAGCCAUCACUAAUGCUAUUAUACUCUAUCAAGUGCUCUUAACUUUCACAUCCCAGCAUGUAUCAGGAAUUUUAUCUUUACUUACUGUAUAUGACUGUUGAAAAUGAUAUAUAUAUAUAAAUAUAUAUAUACUGUAUUAAAGUUUGUGUUGCUGGAGCUGGA